AUGACUGACGCACCAGAUCUUUCUACUACAUUUGAAGGUAAAAUUGACCUCGGAAUAAUUGGUGGAACGGGUCUCUACCACUUAGACUGCUUGGAACCUAUUGCUGUUCUGCCCGCAAUGCGCACGCCUUGGGGGGAGACCUCCUCUCCAAUUACCGUUUCAAGGGUAGUUGGGGACUCUUCAGAGCAUUUCCAUGUCGCUUUCAUUGCCAGACAUGGACUGCAUCACGAAUACCCCCCAACCAGGGUGCCUUUCAGGGCCAAUAUGGCAGCUUUGAAGCACUUAGAGUGUAAAGCGGUCCUGUCAUUUAGUGCAGUUGGGUCUUUGCAGCAACAUAUUAAACCACGGGACUUUGUGCUCCCUCAGCAGGUUAUUGACAGAACAAAAGGAAUUAGGGAAUCCUCAUAUUUUAAUGAUGUCGGGUUGGUAGGCCAUGUCGGAUUCGGGAAACCAUUUUCACGCUCCUUCGCUGAGUAUGUUCACCAGUUUGCGCAUUUAUUGGAGAAUCCAUCCUCUUCUGAGCCUUGUUUGCUACACUUCAAUGACGAGUUGACGGUCGUUUGUAUGGAAGGACCUCAGUUUUCCACCAGAGCAGAAUCCAAGAUGUAUAGAAUGAUAGGCGGUGACGUUAUCAACAUGAGCGUCUUGCCAGAGGCAAAGCUGGCACGAGAAUGCGAAAUACCCUACCAAAUGAUCUGCAUGUCUACGGACUAUGAUGCGUGGAGGGAUGAAGAGGAACCAGUUACAGUGGAAACAGUCAUCGGAAAUUUGCAAAACAAUGGCCGUAAUGCAAAUGUUUUGGCCUCAAAAAUAAUCACUGAAAUGUCAAACGAAAUGCCUGAUUUUAUGUUGAGUGGUGAUGGUCUAAAAGGUUCAGUGAAGAUGAGCAUCUCGACCAGGCCAGAAGCCUUUUCAAAAGAUACUCUGGAACAUUUGAAGUUCUUAUUCCCCGAUUAUUGGUAA